GAAAGAUUUGUCUCCUGAGGAACACAUGCAUGCAUACGCGUUUCUUUGGAUGCAGAAUUGUAGGGAUUUUUCAUUUAAUACUCAUUCAGUGGUCGAAUUUUCGAUUUGGAAUUGAUAGAGCAGCUGAUUCCAAUGUCUGAAUUCCUGUGUUUUAGAUGCGUGCCCGAUUCAGUAUUGUGUUCCAUUGUAGGUUAAGUACGCGCUAGACAUACUUAUAGUCAUCAGUUACCAGCGUAUGAUGAGAAUUGAGAAAUUUGCUCGGUGCCUCGUGUGUUUCUGUUUCCAAUUUGAGAGUUUCUAUCCCUUUUUAUGGGGAAAAUUCCUGCAAUGUUGUAAAUUGAUGUUUUUGCCGUUCUUUUGCAGAUGGAAACAACUUGUGGUUCUCUUUUGACUGAAUUACAGAAAAUAUGGAAUGAAAUUGGAGAGCCUGAGGCUGAAAGGGACAGAAUGAUUUUGGAGCUCGAACAGGAGUGUUUGCAGUUGUACAGGAGAAAAGUGGAUCAAACAAGCAAACACAGAGCUCAGUUACGGAAAGCUGUAGCCGAUGCGGAAUCAGAACUUGCGUUCAUUUGUGCUGCAUUAGGAGAACCACCAAUGCAUAUCAAGCAGACAGCUGGAAGUCUAAAGGUGCAACUUCAGACAGUCAGUAGCCUACUGGAUGAGAUGCAAAGGAAGAAAAAGGACAGGAAGAGUAUGUUUAUAGAAGUCGUGGAGCAGAUCAACCAUAUCAUAAAGGAGCUUCAUGCAUCUGAUGAAGCAAAUAAGUCCCUGAUAGUUAUUGACGACAGUGAUCUGUCAUUGAAAAAGCUAGAGGAUUUGAAGAUUCAAUUGCAUGACCUUGAAAAGGAGAAGAGCAAACGUCUGAAGCAGGUUUUCGACCAUUUGAGUACACUUAGUUCACUGUGCUUGGUUCUUGGUUUGGACUUUAAACUCACAGUUAGUGAGAUUCAUCCGACACUUGACGAUUCACAUGGCUCAAGAAGUAUCAGCUCACAUACAAUUGAGAAAUUAUUUAUUGCAAUACAAAAACUCAAUGAUUUCAAGUUACAGAGGCUGGAAAAGCUUCAAAAUCUUGCUGCUACCAUGGUGGAGCUUUGGUGUUUGAUGGAUACACCAGUGGAGGAGCAACUAAGGUUCCAGAAUGUUACUCGAAAAAUAGCAGCUUCAGGGAAUGAGAUAUUUGAGCCGAAAUCUCUCUCCUUGGAUUUCAUUAAAUAUGCUGAAGCAGAAGUGUCUAGGCUGCAAGAGAUGAAAUCCAGCAAAAUUAAGGAGGUUCUCUUGAAGAAGAGAAUGCAACUAGAGCAAUUAUGCAGGGAGGCUCAUAUGGUAGUUGAUGCUCAUAAAUCCAUUGACUACUCUGUUGAGACAAUUGAAUCUGGGGCAAUUGAUCCUUCUUAUCUUCUAGAGCAAAUUGAAGUUCAAAUUUCUAAGGUGAAAGAGGAAGCUUAUAGCCGGAAAGAAUUGCUCGAGAAGAUUGAAAAAUGGCUGGCUGCUUGUGAAGAAGAGAGUUGGCUGGAAGAAUACAACAGGGAUGAUAAUCGUUAUAAUGCUGGGAAAGGUGCACAUCUAAUGUUGAAGCGUGCUGAGAGAGCUAGAGCUCUUGUCAACAAAAUUCCAGCAAUGGUAGAACUAUUGACAUCCAAAGCCAGAGCAUGGGAAAAACAAAGAGGAGUUGAAUUUUUGUAUGAUGGGGUUGGCCUUCUUUAUAUGCUUGAUCAAUAUCGCAUCUUACAGCAGGAGAAAGAGCAAGAACGUCAAAGGGAGAGGGAUCAGAAGAAGCUUCAUGGGCAAAUGAUGGUUGAGAAAGAAGCACUCUUUGGAUCAAAACCAAGUCCCUCGAACAGCGGAAGGAAGACAGCAGGAUCUUCUACCGUCGGUGCCAAUAGUAAGAGAUUUUCAGUAGGGGGAGCAAUGCUUCAAAAUGCUCAUGCCGAGAAGGCAAUGUUCUCUUCUCAUGCUUACAACAAGAGUGACUCCUUGAAGCAGCCUAACAUGAGGAACAUUCAACAAAGCAGAAGUGCAGUGUUAUCUUCAGGGAAGAGAAACACUCCAGGAUUACCAUCGAAGAAGCCUUCUAAUAUUGGAUCAAAUCCAAAAUCAACUGAACCCAAAUUGAUAAGGAAACCGCUUUCCCCUUUAUCAUCAUUUUCAUGCCAAGUCAACAAUGCCAAUCUUCUUCCAUACGAUCGCUAUGAAAGAAAAGAGAACCAGGAUGUCAUCAGCAAAGCAGGUCUCCCGGUAACCCCAAGCAAGGUAAUUUCUGCAUUUGGUGGGAGUGAAACAACCCCAAAGAAGAUGCCAAUUCCGAUGCCUUCCACUCCCCCAACAGUGUCCGUUACAAUGCAGAUGGCCAUGACUCCUGCAACGCCUUAUAUUCCUUCGGGUAAUAGAGGAAUGGAGUGUUCUUUUGAAGAGAGAAGGGCAGGUUUCAUCGCUUUUUAA